AUGACCCUCGCUCGCGUCUCCGUCCCGCGGCCGACGCAGCUGGACGCGUCCGAGAAGUCGCACGCGGCGCUCGAGUCCGCGGUCGCGACGACGUCGCGCGACUCCGCGGCCGCGCUGCUCGACGCGCGGAGCUCGUUCUCGAUCCAUCUCGAGUCGUCGCUCGCGGCGAGUAGAGACGACGCGGCGUCCGACCACGCCGCGCUCGUCGCGGAGCUCGCGGAGACGACGAAGACGCUCGACGCGAAGGCGCGCGAGACGUCCAUCGCGAUCAUGUCCUACGACGACGAGCUUCGGUCCGUCGCGGCCGCGCUCGAAGACGUCAAGGCGCGCGUCGGACCCGAGCGCGAUUACCAGAUCGCGUGUUCGCGUUGGCCCGUGCGCGCGAGCGUGGACUUCAUCAAAGACGUGGACGACGACAAGAGGAGGCUCGCGAGGAGAUGCGCGACGGUGGUGUUGAACGCGCGCGAAAACGCGCGGGAGAGGCGAAUGAAGAGGUACGGCGAGACGUUCGGCGAGGUGAGCGCGUUCAUCGCGACGAGCCGGGAGAAUCAGACGCGGCGGAUGAUUGAAACCGCCGCGCGCGUGGAGCAAGUGCAUCGGAGGAUAGUGGGGAAAGGCGGCUGGGAGGGUGCGGCGAACGGGUAG